AUGGGUCAACGACAUAACAGACGCCGUACUCGUCCACGGUCUCGCAACCGGGCCGCAAGCCUCGAUUCUCUACGGAGUUCUUCAAGUUCAAUCGAUUACCGUCAAGAGCCGGCAGCUAGCUCUCCCGUCCACAAGUUUUCUGAACCUGUUGUUCUUGUACCACUCGCACACACCCGGCACAACUGGCUAGAAGAAUGGCAGAGUUCCGAAUUUAACGAGUCGUUUGACGCGGAACAGCAGCAAUGCCGAUAUUUUGGUGGUGAACCCGGAGAUGACGAAAAUUUGUGUUAUUAUAUGCUCGACUAUUUCGAAAUUAUUCAACAUCGGAGAAUGAAAAAGGACAAGACAAUAACGACUACCGACAGACGAGAACCCUCAAUUGUUUCCGCCUCUUCAGGCCUCUUACUCUUGAGCUGUCUCUCGAUCCGGCUGGUCAACGAGUCCACAAUCGUCACGAAUCAAUCAUUCAGUGACGUGAUCCCGUACAGGAACAGUGCCAACCCGAAACAUCUCGUCACCUCCGUUCGCACUAUCAGAGCCGUUCGACUUGUAGCAAUGAAGCGUGUUGUUUUGCUGAAAGGCAGAACCUAUACGUGGAUUGGUCUUUUGUAA